AUGCUCAAAUCACAAUCGACUGAAACAGUGAAUACACGAUUAGAUGGUGAAUUUUGUCGAAAUGCAUGUGGAUUUUAUGGAAAUAAAAUAUGGGAUGGAUUUUGUAGUAAAUGUUAUCGAGAAGUUUAUCAACAAGCUAAACAAAUUCAACAAUCAUAUGAUGGAAAAUCAAAUACACCGAUAUCUGUUACUACUCCAUCAUUAUCUUCACCACUUAAUAAUCUUAAUGAAAGACGUCGUUCAAAUAUCAUUAUACGGAAUCCAAUUCGACAAAUGGUUAAUCGAGCUGGUAAUCUUCGUUCAUCAAGUAGUUCAGUAAUUUCAGCGUUAAUAAAUGAUGAACAAACAGUAGAAAAUGAAACAGCAAGUAAACAUUUAGAUAUAAUGACAACAGAUGAUGCACGUGUCGAUAUAAAAUCUCAAGUAAAAACAUUUGCAAAUAAUUUUCAUAAAAAAUGUUCAAAUAAAAAUGUUCAUCUUGAUACACUUAUACAAGAUUAUGGAACGUUUAAAGAUACAAUUAAGAAAAGAAUACAAACUAAUUCAAUUUAUCGAGAUGAAAAUGAAGAUUUAAUUCAUCGUGUUCGUGAUUAUGUUGAAAGUAUUAUUUUUUCAAAAGAUUAUUCAUUAAUAUUUAAUCGUAUUGCUAUCGAAUGUGAAGAACAAGAUUUAUCCAUACAAAAUCGAAUAUCAUCUCUUCAUUGGGUAACACCAACAAUGUUAGAUAGCGUUCUCAAUGAAGAUGUUCCUAAUGUUCGAGAAACAAUUUAUAAAGCAAUGAAUGCUUUAAUUGAACUUGAUGCUAAAACAACUCCACAAGGAAAAAUUCAUUCAAUAAUGGAAUGUAAAUCUUUUAUUGAAGAAGCUUUACAAUCAAGUAGUGGAAUAACAAUAAAUGCUGAUCGUUUUCUUCCAGCACUUAUUUAUGUUGUAUUAAGAGCUAAACCACCUCGAUUGCAUUCAAAUAUACAAUUUUUAAGUAAUUUUUCUCAACCAAAUGGUGAACAACUUUAUUAUUUAGCUAAUCUUGAUUCAGCUGUUCGUUUUAUUGGACUUUUAGAAGCUGAACAUCUUGGUUUAUCAUCAAAUGAUUUUUCAUUAUAUAUGCGUGGUGAACCAGUAUUACCAUCAAAAUUUGUUUCUGUUUUUGAUUAUUCAUUAGAAAAUGAUGUAAAUAUUCAACAAUUUAGACAAAUGUCUAUACAAUAUGAUCAAACUGAACAUAAUUGUGAAAAAUUUAAUGAAAAUAUUCUCGAUUUUAAUCGACGUUUAAUGCAAACAGUAACAGAUAUAAAUGAAUUAUUAAAUGGUUCAUAUACACGUUUUUCAUAUUUUGAACAAAUUCCACAAUUAAUUCAAUGUGAAAAUAAUGUCAAAAACAUCAAUCAUAUUUUAGAUCAAUCAACAACAGAUAAUGAACAUUUACCAGAACCAUUAGCACCUGACAUUGUCAUACAACAAAAUAUAAAACAGUGA